AUGCUCUCACGUGUUGCUGCAGUCAUGGCACCCCGCACACACAACCGUCUCCGCGUGACCGGAUCCAGCGGAAAGAGAAAGGGAGGAAGAGAGAGGGAGCAGCAGAGGCCCAACGUGUCCCGGCGUGUGUUUGCUUCUGCAGCACUGCUACUUCUCCUCGUCGUGUUAUGCGGCAGUGGGGCUGCACACACUGUGCAGACGAAGACUGACGUUGAUCCUUUUACAGGAAUUGGAUGGACAUCCCCUCAAUGGGAAGGCUCUACAGAAGGUAAUGAAAAAUUCUUCUCGCUCCGCGUUCCCAGCCUUGUUGAGGUGAACAGUGCUGUGUUCGUGGUUGCUGAAGCGCAGUGCAGGGAAGACGGCGAAGGCUGCAGCCGUGCUGGGAUUGCGUCAAGGCACCUCGAUCUAACUGAUGAUAAGCCAACGGAGAUAUUGACGACGAACACAAGUUUGUUGAUGCCGUUUCCAAAGGGUGCUGCUACAGGUACCGCCAAGGCAAAAGAAUCUAUGCGGCCAACGACAGUUGUGGCUGGCGACAGUGUCUACAUGCUUCUGAGAAAUCAGAGCUUUACGACGUCGGAGGGUAAAUCGGCUACUGCACGUGACUGGGGACUUUUGCUGGUGAAGGGAAGUGUCAGUGGUGGCAAUGAAAUCACGUGGAAUGAGACCCAUGCAGUGACAUUUGGAAACGAUGAAUAUGCUGCUAAAUCCCUGACCCAGUUGGAUUCUGGCGGAGGAUCGGGGAUUAAGACAAGGGACGGUACACUUAUGUUUCCCAUGCAGGCCACAAAGAACGGAAAGACUUCAUUGCUGUCCAUGCGUUUUGAUAAGUCAGAGAAGAAAUGGAGGCUUUCGCACCAAACGGUUGGUGAUGGCUGCAGGGACCCGACCAUCGUGGAGUGGGGAAAAGAAGACAGACUCCUCAUCAUGGCCUCUUGUGAGCAAGGUUACCGUGACGUGUACGGAUCCACUGUGAGUGGGGUGGAUUGGUAUACAUAUGGUGAGACACUUACUCGCGUGUGGGGCAACUCACAUGAUCGAACAGGGUACGGCGUCCAGAAUGGCUUCAUCAAAGUGACAAUUGAGGACAAGGAUGUGUUGCUUGUUACCCUGCCAGUGUAUUCCAAGGACAACAGAGAAAGCAAUAAAGAAAAGGGUCGGCUCCAUCUUUGGCUGACGGACAAGGCACGUGUGUAUGAUGUUGGGCCGAUAUCCCGUGAGGCUGAUGACGCUGCCGCGAGCUCCCUUUUGAUGAGGAGUGGGAAUGAAAAGUUGAUCUCAGUGUACGAAAACAAGAAGGGUGAUGACGGAUCAUACAGUCUUGUCGCCGUGAGCCUGGGGAAGCAGCUGGAGCGGAUCAAAUCCAUGGUGAAGAAAUGGAAGGAUUUGGACAGCGCCUUGCAUUCAUGCCGUUCCGGUUCCAGCGGCACUGUCGACUUGCCAACGAAGGGUAUGUGCAAUGGUCCUGUUCCCACUGAUGGGCUUGUUGGCUUCUUGUCUGGUAACUCCUCUGAGAACACAUGGAGAGACGAGUACCUCUGCGUGAACGCAACUGUGACGAAUGGGGAGAGAAUGGUUCCCAAUGGAUUGACGUUCAAAGGGUCUGAAGCAGGGGCGGUGUGGCCUGUUGGCGACAUGGGGCAGACUGUGCCGUACUACUUCGCUAACAACGAGUUCACUCUUGUGGCGACGGUGUCCAUCCACGAGGUGCCGCAGAGUGGCAGCAGCCCCAUUCCUUUGAUUGGUGCGAGGAUGAAUGACACCAGCAGCACGGUCCUUUUUGGUCUGUCGUACACCCAUGAAAAGAAGUGGAAGUUCACACCCCAUAAUGAAGCUUCUGAAGACUAUGAAGAUGAUGAAGAUGAUGAAUAUUACGAAUUUGAUAAUAAUUGGCAACCAAACACAACACAUCAAGUAAUGCUGCAAAUGGAUGUCCGUCGGUGGUAUGUGUACGUUGAUGGAAUGCGGGUUUAUUCUGGGCACUACAACGUGAGUCUGUUUGAAGAGCACAGGAUCUCACACUUCUAUUUUGGCGCGGAGAAUAAGGAGCGUUCGGAAGGCAGCCACGUGACAGUGAGCAACGUCCUGCUGUACAACCGCACAAUCUAUAGAAGAGAAAGGACGAUGCUCAAUGCCAGCAAAUUCCCUAUUCCAAACCCUGGUGAGGAGUCACGCUCGGUACCGGAGAUUCCGCCGAGGCCCACCGGCGAAUUUGGGGCUACUUCAGUCAAGAGAAACGAGGAACACCUCGGCAGCCAUGCAGCGUUGGGUAACGGGGAUCCUGAGAGACAACAUACAAGCCCCAACAAUGGUUUGGCGCCUGAGGCUCCCUCUGCAUCGAUACACAGUGUCAGCACAGUCCCUAUUCCAAACCCUGGUAAGGAGUUCCUCACUGAAGAAGAGGAGGAAACACCAUCAUCACCUGAAGAGGAGGAAGCAGAGCAGGAAGUUGAGGAGGCGCUUCCACGGCCAAAAUCAUCCGUGGAAGCUUCUGGAGGCAGUUAUGCUGCCGCAGUGUCUUCUGGAGGCCGUGGCUCGCACGGAACAAGGGAGGAGGAGACGGAGUCGGAUAGCAGCGGCGAAUUGGCGCCUCCACCGGCCUCAUCGAGUGUGAGCACCUCUGCUCAUUCGGGCAGCGACGGGAUGGGUGUCCGUGAAAGCACCUCUCUGCAGGAAGAAGUGCCACCACCUCUCGGGACUGAAGAUAUUCCGAAGGCCGACGUGGAGCGACCGAUCCACGAAGAAGAAGCGACCUCUCCGGAAGGGGCCACUGAGUGGCAGACGCAAGAAACCACUGCGCCUUUGGUUGAAAAUGAAGACAGCGAGGACGUUAGCACCGCAUCGGGCAAUACAAGCACCCUGCCUGGGGAAACCGAGAUCUCAUCGAAGUCCAACGCAACAGCACCCUCGGACGCUGGCAUUUUGCUUGAGAACGGGCAUUUCGAGGAGUUGGCGGGCAUGGCUCUAUUUGCUGAGAGCACCGUGCAUGGGUGUGUGUCUCGGGUGCUGUUGCUGAUGCUUCUGGGGCUGUGGGGCACUGCGGCUCUCUGUUGA